GUUCGACGCAGAGUUCAGUUAGCCUGAACGCAAUCUCUUGCAGUCUCUGUUUGCCCGUUAAUGGAGGAUGUCGUUUCAAGUGUUAUUCGUAGUUUUGUGAUUUAUUCAAACAAUCAACCAAGAAAGAUUUGAUUUACCAUUUUAAUUUACCAAGUAGCCAUAGACGGGCAUAAUAAAUUACAUCUCGUGUUUUAGGUCCUUGAAGACAGUCAUACCAUAUAUACAAGGAAAGAUCAGUGAAAGAUUAAAUGUAUCGAUAUGGAAAAUUAUACUAUGGAUCAAUUUUGCGGAUCCAAAUUUUGGGAUACUGAUUUAUCAUGGAACACAGAUGAUCCAGAUUUGACAGAAUGCUUUCAAAAAACUGUAUUAAUAUGGGUGCCAUGUGUGUUUCUUUGGGCUUUUUCUGUUAUGGAAGCUUAUUAUCUGUUGAAUAGUAGAAGAAAAAAUGUUCCAUAUACAUGGUUAUAUAUUUCUAAACAAGUACUUACAACAACAUUAAUUGUACUUACCAUUGUUGAUUUAGGAAGAGCUAUAUACAAAAGUUCUUAUGAGGCUGUAUACAAUGUAGAUUACUAUACCCCCUUUAUAAAGAUCAUUAGUUUUAUGCUAGCAGGAGUUUUACUAUUCUAUAAUAAAAAGUAUGGAAUGCGUACAUCAGGACUACUAUUUUUCUUUUGGUUUUUGCUUGUAUUAUGCGGAAUUGUGCAAUUCAGAAGUUUAUUAAGGCAAAAUUCAAAUGAAGAACCAACGUACCUGUUUGUAUCAUAUAUGAUCUAUUACAGUUUAGUGAUAUCAAUGUUCCUAUUAAAUUUCAUUGUUGAUGCAGAGCCUAAAUAUUCGGAAUAUCCAUUGGUGGAAAGACCAUGCCCAGAACAAAAUUCAUCUUUUCCAUCAAGACUUAUUUUUGCAUGGUUUGAUUCCCUGGCAUGGAAAGGUUUUAAAAAGCCUUUGGAAUCUACAGAUUUAUGGUCUAUGAAUCCUGAAGAUACAGCUUCUGAAAUUGUUCCAAAAUUUGGUAGGCAUUGGAGUAAAACUUCAAAAAAAGGAGAUAAGCUAAUUUGGUCUUACUUUAGUGUACAAAAUGCAAAAGCAUCAUUUAGAAAAUCAUCUGGUCAAGUUGAUUUUGAUAAUGAUCGUAGGAAGAAAGUUUCUUCUAUUUUACCAGCACUUUGUAAAGCUUUUGGUGCCACUUUUUUAUUUGGUGCAGUACUUAAACUUAUACAAGAUAUUAUGACUUUUAUUAGCCCACAGUUAUUAAAAUUACUUAUUAGAUUUGUAAGUGGCGGUGAACCAUUGUGGAAGGGCUAUUUUUAUGCAAUUUUACUCUUAAUUACAGCUACACUUCAAACUCUAGUGUUAUCACAGUAUUUUCAUCGCAUGUUUUUAGUUGGAUUACGUAUACGAACUGCAUUGAUAACAGCAAUUUAUAGAAAAGCAAUGAGAAUGUCAAAUUCUGCCAGAAAAGAAUCAACACUUGGUGAAAUAGUAAAUCUGAUGUCUGUUGACGCACAAAGGUUCAUGGAUUUGACAGCAUACAUAAAUAUGAUUUGGUCUGCACCAUUACAAAUUAUUUUAGCACUGUCAUUUUUAUGGGAGAAAUUAGGUCCAGCAGUACUUGCUGGAUUAGCUGUUAUGAUUGUUCUUAUUCCUAUAAAUGCAUUAAUUGCAAAUAAAGUAAAAACAUUACAAAUUCGGCAAAUGAAAGACAAAGAUGAGAGAGUUAAAUUAAUGAAUGAAGUUCUUAAUGGAAUAAAAGUACUGAAAUUAUACGCUUGGGAACCAUCUUUUGAAGAACAAAUACUACACAUUAGAAGGAAAGAAAUACAAGUAUUAAAAGAAGCAGCAUAUCUAAAUGCAGGAACAAGUUUUAUUUGGUCUUGUGCGCCAUUUUUGGUUUCAUUGGUAUCUUUUGCAACUUAUGUACUUAUAGACAAAAAUAAUGUCUUGGAUAGUGAGACUGCAUUCGUUUCACUUAGUUUAUUCAAUAUUUUAAGAUUUCCUCUUUCUAUGUUACCAAUGAUGAUAGGUAAUAUAGUUCAGGCUUACGUUUCCAUUAAACGUAUUAACAAUUUCAUGAAUACAGAGGAACUUGAUCCUAAUAAUGUACAUCAUGAUCAAUCUGAAUUACAUCCAUUAAUCAUUGAGAAUGGUAGUUUUACUUGGGAUAUAGAAAACAGUGAUAAACCAAUCUUAAAGAAUAUUAAUAUGAGUAUAGAACAAGGCCAAUUAGUAGCAGUAGUUGGUUCAGUUGGAUCUGGAAAGAGUUCUUUAAUAUCAGCUUUUCUUGGAGAAAUGGAAAAAUUAAAUGGUCGUGUUAAUACAAAAGGUUCUAUUGCAUAUGUUUCUCAACAAGCCUGGAUACAAAAUGCAACCUUGCAAGAUAACGUUUUGUUCGGAAAACCUUUAAACAAAGCUUUAUAUAAUCGGGUUAUAGAUGCAUGCAUGUUAGGUCCAGAUCUUCAAAUGUUACCUGCAGGAGAUCAAACAGAAAUUGGUGAAAAGGGUAUAAAUUUAUCUGGAGGUCAAAAACAAAGAGUUGCUUUAGCCAGAGCAGUUUAUAAUGAAUCAGAUAUAUAUUUCUUGGAUGAUCCUUUAAGUGCUGUAGAUGCUCAUGUGGGAAAACAUAUUUUUGAAAAUGUGGUAGGCCCUAGUGGUCUGUUGAAGAAAAAGACAAGGGUACACAUUACACAUGACAUUGUCUAUCUACCUGAGGUUGACAAUAUCUUUGUUCUUAAAGAUGGUGAAAUAACAGAAAGUGGAACUUACAAACAACUUAUGGACAAAAGGGGUGCUUUUGCUGAAUUUCUAAUGCAACAUUUACAAGAAGUCGGAAAUCUGCACACUGAUGAUGGUUCGGAUGCAGAUUUACAUGAAAUUAAGCAGCAGUUGGAAUCAAAAAUGGGUACACAAGAAAUACAAGAAAAAUUAACACGUGCUAGAUCAAGAAUUUCGGAAAGUCAAAGUGAAUCAGGCUCUAUAACUGAUAGAAGAUCAUUAAACGGUUCUCUGAAAAGGCAAUAUUCUACAGAAAGUCAACAGUCUGGAAACUAUAUAACUGGAAAUAGUAUAAAAGAAAAAAGCCCAUUACAACCAAAGACAGGUGAAAAAUUAAUUGAAGUAGAGAAAGCUGAAACUGGCAGUGUAAAAUGGAAAGUGUAUUCUCACUAUUUAAAAUCUAUUGGAUGGUUCCUAUCUAUAUCUACAAUAGUUAUGAAUGCCGUUUUCCAAUCAUUCAGUAUUGGAUCAAAUAUCUGGCUGAGUGCAUGGUCAAAUGACAAUAUGACUUCUGUAGACGGUACAGUCGUAAAUGAUGAAGCAAGACGAGACAUGUAUCUUGGAGUAUAUGGAGCUCUUGGUCUUGGACAAGCGAUGGCGAGUUUUUUCUGCGAUUUGGCACCUCAGCUGGGUUGCUGGCUGGCUGCUCGCCAGAUGCACAUAAUGAUGCUGCGUGCUGUGAUGCGUGCUCCAUUGACCUUCUUUGAUACGACACCUACUGGUCGUAUUAUCUCCAGGUUUGCUAAAGAUGUCGACGUACUGGAUACAUCUCUUCCUCCACAAAUUUCUGAUAGCAUCUAUUGUCUUUUCGAGGUAAUAGCAACUCUCUUCGUUAUCAGCUUCAGUACUCCGGAAUUUGUUUCUGUGAUCAUACCAAUAGGAUUAAUUUAUUACUUCAUACAGCGCUUCUAUGUCGCUACUUCGCGACAAUUGAAACGUUUGGAAUCUAUAUCAAGAUCUCCCAUAUAUUCACACUUUAGUGAAUCUGUAACUGGAGCUCAAACAAUUAGAGCAUUUGGUGUCCAGGACAGAUUUAUACAAGAGUCAGAAAGCAAAGUAGAUUUUAAUCAAGUUUGUUAUUAUCCUGGUAUAAUUGCAAAUAGAUGGCUUGCAAUACGUUUGGAGAUGGUUGGAAAUUUAAUUAUAUUCUUUGCUGCAUUAUUUGUUGUAUUAGGAAGAAAUACUAUUAGUGCGGGUAUUGUCGGAUUAUCCGUUAGUUACGCUUUACAGAUUACACAAACUUUGAAUUGGCUUGUACGUAUGACUUCUGACGUAGAAACAAAUAUUGUAGCAGUAGAGAGAAUAAAAGAAUAUGGUGAAACUCCUCAAGAAGCACCUUGGGUAAAUCCAGAGAAUGUUCCUCCCAAAGAGUGGCCUGCAGAAGGUCAUGUUGAAUUUAAGGAUUACAAAGUCCGUUAUAGAGAAGGAUUAGAUCUUAUUCUCCAUGGUUUAACAUUUUCUGUUAAGGGAGGAGAAAAAGUCGGCAUUGUUGGUAGAACUGGUGCUGGCAAAUCUUCCUUAACAUUGUCUUUAUUUAGAAUACUUGAAGCAGCAAGUGGAAAAAUCAUCAUUGAUGGUAUUGAUAUUGCUACUUUAGGUCUUCAUGAUCUUAGAACUAAAUUGACAAUAAUACCACAAGAUCCAGUAUUAUUUUCGGGAACUUUAAGAAUGAAUUUAGAUCCUUUCGAUCAACAUACAGACGAUGAAGUAUGGAGAGCAUUGGAACGUGCUCAUCUUAAAUCUUUUGUGCAAAAUUUAUUUAAUGGUUUGCUGCAUGAAGUAUCUGAAGGAGGUGAUAAUCUCAGUGUGGGCCAACGACAACUGAUAUGUCUAGCACGAGCCCUUCUUCGUAAAACCAAAGUUCUUGUAUUAGAUGAAGCAACAGCUGCAGUUGAUUUAGAAACUGAUGAUUUAAUUCAAAGAACAAUUAGGGAAGAUUUUAAGGAUUGCACAGUUUUAACAAUAGCACAUAGGCUUAAUACAAUUCUUGACUCUGAUAAAGUUAUUCUACUGGACAAAGGACUCAUUAUCGAAUAUGAUUCCCCUGAGGUGCUACUUCGAAAUUCAUCCAGUGCAUUUUAUAGCAUGGCAAAAGAUGCAGGGCUGGUAGCUUAAUAAUCACAUGUACAUCACAAUAAUUUGAUAGACUAUCAAACAAAUAAAACAGAGGUUUUAUUAAAUAAAUCCUCCAAUCAAAGGAAAAUGCAUUGAUAAAAAGCUGUGAAUAAAUUAUAAUCAUUAUAAUUUACACUAUACUACUAUCUAUAUAUAGAUACAUUCAAAAUAUUUUUUAAGGAAAAUUUAACAUCAUACUUAAUCAAUGUCAAGCACAGCUUAAUUUUUAAAAUAGUUUAGAUACAUGUUUGUUAUUUAAAAUUACUGCCAUUUUUAGUAGUGCAUGAUGCACUUAAUGGAAAAAAUCUACUUAUAGAAACAAUUAUUGCUAUAACAUUUUUCUUUAUGUUUUAGCACAAAAAAUAAUGAUUUCUAGUAUUAAUAUUAUUUAUUAUUUAUGUGUUUACCAAUUUUUUGCAGCUAAUUUUUAAGAAAGGUUUCAACACUGAAUUUAAACCAAAUUAAUUCCGCCAACAUACGUAAAUAAUAUAAAAUUCUGUUAUGUAAAUUAAAGUUCAUCUGUCAAGUUACUUAUAAAAAAAGAAAAAUUAAAAAAAAAAUUGAAAAGUAAAAAGAUAAUAUUUCGAUAAAAAAAUUUCAUUUAUAAUUUAUUAUUUUUAUAAAUUGAUAAAAUUUUAUAUAGUAUUUAACAGAUUUUAUGUUUAUAAUAACUAUCAACAAGCUACAUAUAGCAUGGUUAGUUUCAUGUGAUUGUAAGAAGUUUAAUUUGUUAUUAUUACUAAUAUAAAACAAAAAACAAAUAUAUAUUUGAUAUUAGGAUCGAUAGCAAUAUAAUUCUCUUAUAACUAUACUUUUGUGACAAAUAAACUUUAAUUUACUAACGAAUUUUGCCUGUCCAAACAGUGAUAGUUCAUAUUUGUACUUAUGAAUUAAUUAACUAUUUUCUUUUACACUAUAUUUUGUGUGAUUGAUAAAUGAUGAAUGCUUUGCAUAUAUUUGCUAUCAAAUCCAUCUAGUGCCACAUUCUAUCAAAACUAUUCAAAUCUUAGCAAUAAAUCAAUAAACUAAAAUACUUUGUUAUAUAUGGAGUUCAAGUUUAAAGAUGUGGCAUUGGAAGGAUAGAAGACUACAAUAAUGCAAAACAAAAUGUUUAUUUUCUUGCAAGCCUGUGAAAUUAUUGCAGAAACCCUGUAUAUGCGUUCAAUUUUGUAGAUUAAAUUUAUACAUUUCUUUAUUGCAGAAUAA